CAAAACCUCUUUGUAUUGAAUAUUGAUGAGAAACAGAUGAAGGCGGCAGCAGCAUCAGCAACCUUGAACCAUCCCAUUCGUCUCUACCCAUCACCCAUUUCCCGCCAAAUCGACUUCCCGGCUCGACGGUCUCAACCUCUCACACACAACUCCGGCAAAGGGUUGAAAUUGUACCGAAAUGAGUCUGUGUGCUCCGUUUCUAGUGUAAUUUGUGCUGUCAAUGGAGGUCAGGGAGGGUAUGUCUCUGCGUGGGACGAGAAACCAUAUGAGUUUCUUCCGAAUGGGAAAAGGGCUUACUUGGAUGAACAAGAUGUGGUCACGUUCCUUGAUCCUCCUAAAGAGUUGAUUCCUUUGGACUCGGCUUCUUAUAAUCCUGCUGCAUAUCUUUGGAAAAAAAUUGAUGAUGUUCCCCAGGAAAGGCGCCGUCGGCUGCUGCGCUUGCUAGAGCCUAGGCUGAUCUCAAGAGCUUGGGAGAUAGCUGGCACACGAUAUGAAGAACCCAAGUUGAUGAACAGAAGCUCAUCCCAACUGUUGUCUAAUGAAGAUGGUGUCUCUCUUGAAUAUUAUAAUUGCCGAACAAGUGGAGGACCAAUGCUCAUUUCCUGGAUAAACUUUUUCAAAACGGCAACUUUUUCUUGCAAGGAUGGGAACGUAUAUGGACGAUUUAUUGGUGAAACAAUUCUUAAUGGACUUGCAAAUUCCUUUAGUCCACUGUACUUCGUAGUGAGCCAGCUGAAGGAAGUAAUGGCAACUGAACAACCUUGUGAUCUAGCAUAUGAGUUCGGGGAUGGGCUGUUUGAUCUCCAUGAAUACCCCGAGGGCUUUCCAAGACCAGUGAAACAUCCGUAUCCUUUCAACGAUCAGGUGGUUGUCUAUGUUCGUCAUCUAGGACCAGGCGUGUCAGUAGGGCAAGCAUGGCAAGAAGGAAAAGCAUUACAACAAGUACCACAAAAAUUAUGUGGUGACAUUCUAAUGGUAAAAGAUUAUUCUACUCUUAGAGAAGAUCAGUAAUAGUUGUCCGGAGGUUACUAUAGAGAAAAUUAAGAAAUGUUGUGCUGUAAUCAAUUAUCGAGGUAGCUUAUGUUGUAGACUAGUAGACAUGACUGUAAAACAAGUACAGACAGAGUGAUUGGGCUGGGGAUCAGGAGAACAAUCGACUGUUGAACUAAUCCCUGUAAGUGAUUCAAAAUUAAUUUGAAAUAUUCAACUGCAGGCAUGUGAUCCUUGUUGUUUCUUGA